GCCCCGCCCCCGCCGGCCCCGCCCCCGCGGGCGGAGGUGACGCGCUGUCAUGGCGGACGCGGUGGGAGCGGCGCGGCCGGAGGAGUGCCCGGGGACCGGCAGCGCCCAGGCGGGCAGCGCGGCCGCCUGCCAGGGAUGCCCCAACCAGGGGCUGUGCGCGGCCGGUGCGGCCGGGCCGGACCCGGCCGAGGCGGCGGAGCUGCGGGCGCGGCUGCGGGCGGUGCGGCACACGGUGCUGGUGCUGUCCGGCAAGGGCGGCGUGGGCAAGAGCACCUUCAGCGCCGCCCUGGCGCACGGGCUGGCGGCCGACGAGCACAAGCAGGUUGCUCUGCUGGACAUCGAUAUCUGCGGGCCAUCGAUCCCUAAAAUAAUGGGUCUGGAAGGAGAACAGGUUCAUCAGAGUGGAUCUGGAUGGUCUCCAGUGUAUGUUGAAGAAAACUUAGGUGUCAUGUCAGUGGGGUUCUUGCUUAGCAGCCCUGAUGAUGCAGUCAUCUGGAGAGGACCAAAAAAAAAUGGGCUGAUCAAGCAGUUCCUCCGUGACGUGGACUGGGGGGAGGUCGAUUACCUGAUCGUGGACACACCGCCGGGGACGUCGGACGAGCACCUGUCCAUCGUGCAGUACCUCAGUGCCACCCACAUCGAUGGGGCUGUCAUAGUCACCACCCCGCAGGAAAUCUCGCUUCAGGAUGUUCGGAAGGAGAUCAACUUCUGCCACAAGGUGAAACUGCCCAUCAUAGGUGUUGUGGAAAACAUGAGUGGCUUUGUGUGUCCAAAGUGUAAGAAAGAAUCUCAGAUCUUUCCCCCGACUACUGGUGGUGCAGAGAAGAUGUGCCAGAAUUUGAAUGUUUCCCUCCUGGGUAAAGUGCCUCUAGAUCCACAGAUAGGAAGAAGUUGUGACAGAGGCCAGUCAUUCCUGUCCGAAGCACCAGAUUCUCCAGCUACAUUGUCUUACAGGAAUAUCAUUCAAAGUAAGUCUGGGAAUCACUGUGCACUCUCGGUUCCGAGCACUGCUGCAAUAUAUAAAGGUGUUAAACAGGAUUAUUUUGCCACAAAUAAUAAAACAGGAAACGUGCAUAGCAAUUCUGAAAGUAACAGCUGCAAAUACCACGUUUGCUUCUGGGCAUCGGUUCUGACAGGCUUUUAAAGCCCUGAGGAGAUUGUGUUUGAUAGCUGGCUUCUGUGUUUGGUUCAGUCAUUCAUUUGCAGAGAUGUGUUCCCUUCCUCUCACAGAAGAGUUCUGAGGUUCUCAAGCAGGCCUGUGGAGGGUGCUCUCCAUAACCCAUGGGAUGCAGCUGGCUAAUUAUGCCUCCACUUCUAACUGUAAAGGCACAAAACUCCCAUUCAAAAACCACCUAAAGAGCUGGUGAUGUGCUGUUACAAAAUGCAGACAGCUGGGAAAUUCCUGAGGCCAUUUUCACCGUGAUAAAGGUCCAGCUUGAGAUAUUUGUACCAACAGGGGAUACAGUGAUGCAGCAACAACAGACUCCUGAUGUACAGCUGAAAUACCAUUUAUAUUACUUUCUCCAUGUCU